AUAAACUCAGUCUAUGUUUGUUUUUCUCCUUUAUCAGUUGCACGAAUUUGCUUCCACUCUUGUGAAAAUGAUAACAAGUAGAUUACUGCCGAAUGUUGCUCGAGUCGCCAUUGGAUCGCGAGCUGCCUUUUCCACGGGAAUGGCCACCAACAGUCCCCGAAUCAAGCUGUACACCAAUCCCAUCAGUCCUCCGGGACGAUCGGUAGAACUGACGGCCAAAGCAAUUGACCUUGACAUUGAAGUCAUCGCGAUUGAUCUGCUGGGAAAUGAUACCCUAAAACCGGACUAUCUCCUCAAGAACCCACAGCACACGAUUCCAAUGAUCGACGAUGGCGGUAAGUUCAUUUGGGACAGCCAGGCGAUCAACGUGUACCUCACAACCGUCUACUCACGCAACGAAGAUCUAUAUCCGAACGAUCCUUUCGUGCGCGCCAAGGUGAACGCCGGUCUGCAUUUCAACUCCGGAGUGCUCUUCAGCCGUCUGAAACUGUUGAUCUCCCCGGUGAUUCGUGGAUUCAAGCAGGACCUGGACCCGGAAAAGGUGGAAUACUUUAACAUUGGGCUGCAGCUGCUCGAGGAUACGCUGCACGCUGAUUACUACAUUGGCAAUCGGAUGACCUUGGCCGAUUUGAGUUGCGUUUCGUCGGUGUCCAGCUUCGAUGCGGUUCUGCCGAUAAGUCAUGAAAGAUUUCCAAAAACCGUCGACUGGUUGAGACGGAUGGAACAAUUGCCGUACUAUGGGGAAGCGAAUGGAGAAGGUGCAAAGAAAUUGGCGAAGGUUGUACAGAGCUUUCUGAAAUAAGCUGACAACAGGAUAUGCUUUCGAAAUGGUGGAUAAUUUCAAUGUGUAUAUUAAUAACUGAUGCAUUUCAUGAUAUGGUAAGACAAUAUAUUGAUGUGUUCCAUAGCAUUAGAUUAUUCAUAAUAUAGAAGUAUAGGUGAAAUGUAAUUUAGGAUUUUAAUAAAUAAAUUCUGUGAGAGACAAAAAUCGAA